GCAAACGUCAGUCGGUUUAUUGACACUUGUAAAUUUUGACAAUUUUGACACUUUACCAACUUUAUUAAGUAUAGAUAUUUGUAAAACCAAAUUAAAACAACACGAAAAUGAUAAAACGAGGAAGCGUAGAAUUAGACACGUUUAGAUCCGACUCAAAGUCCAAUUUAAUCGGGUCCAAACAAGAAACCACAAGCUGGGGCAAAACCUCCCCCAGCAAGAGUUACUGUUCUUCCAGUUCAACGUCCACAGAAAACGUCGUCUCCACCUUGGAAAGAAAAAAGGCAGCAUCUUUCGAAAGCAAUGCACCAAACCGUCCAGAUGACCCUCCCUUGUUACCGGGAGAAAAAGUGACCGGACAAGCUCGAGACGUGACUUACUUGUGUCCGUAUUAUGGACCGGCGCGAGGGGUGUUGACCGUGACCAACUACAAAUUAUAUUUUCGUUCAGCUGAUAAAGAUACGCCGAAUAUCAUAGACGUGCCGCUGGGAGUCGUGUCCCGUAUUGAAAAAGUCGGCGGGGCCUCAUCUCGCGGCGAAAACGCCUACGGGAUAGAAGUUUUCUGCAAAGAUAUGCGCAAUUUGCGCUUUGCUCACAAGCAGGAAAACCAUUCCCGGAGAGAUGUGUUUGAGAAGUUGCAGCAAUUUGCGUUUCCGCUGUCUCACAAGAUCAAGUUGUUUGCGUUUGAGUAUUCAGAGACGUUUUUGGAAAAUGGGUGGACUAUUUAUGAGCCGAUAGCAGAGUUGAAGAGGAUGGGUGUGAAUAAUGAUAUGUGGAAAAUUUCGCGAAUUAAUGAACAGUAUGAAAUUUGCGAUAGUUAUCCAGCGGUUUGGGCGAUUCCAGCGCAAGCUACGGAUGAAGAAAUCAAGGCGGUUGCCGGUUUUCGCAGCAGGGGCAGGAUACCGGUGCUUAGUUGGAUCCAUCCAGAGUCACAAGCUACCAUCACACGGUGUUCACAACCUUUGGUUGGAGUGAGCGGCAAAAGAUGUCGGGAAGACGAAAGAUACAUCCAAUUAAUAAUGGACGCCAAUGCCCAGUCCCACAAAAUGUUCAUCAUGGAUGCCCGGCCUAGCGCUAACGCAAUAGCAAAUAAAGCAAAAGGAGGCGGAUAUGAAUCCGAAGACGCCUAUCAAAACGCAGAACUCGUGUUCUUGGACAUCCACAACAUCCACGUAAUGCGGGAGUCUCUACGAAAACUUAAAGAACUCUGUUACCCAAACAUAGAAGAAACCAAGUGGUUAUCAGGGGUGGAGUCCACGUAUUGGUUAAAACAUAUCAAAUGCAUAUUAGCUGGAGCAGUCAGAAUCGUAGAUAAGGUCGAAAAUCACAAAACUUCGGUUUUGGUUCACUGCUCAGACGGGUGGGACCGCACAGCGCAGCUAACUGCCUUACCAAUGUUAAUGUUGGACCCUUACUACAGAACAAUGAAAGGGUUUGAAGUACUAAUAGAGAAAGAGUGGCUAUCUUUUGGACAUAAGUUUCAACAGCGCAUCGGCCAUGGCGACGAUCAUCACUCAGACGCCGACAGAUCCCCAGUUUUUCUCCAGUUCAUAGACUGCGUCUGGCAGAUUACACAACAAUUUCCAAACGCUUUUGAAUUUAACGAUUACUUUUUAAUUACCAUUCUCGACCAUCUUUAUUCAUGUAGGUUUGGGACGUUCUUAUGCAACAGUGAGAGGGAAAGAGUGCAAGAAAAACUCAAAGAACAGACCAUUUCUCUGUGGUCUUACACCAAUAGUCAAUUAGACCUUUACAAAAAUCCGCUGUAUUGGGCCAAUAAUAACCAACAGAGGGUGCUGAUUCCAAUAGCUAGCAUAAGACACAUUAAGCUGUGGAAGGCCUAUUAUUGUAGGUGGAACCCCAGCAUGCGCACGCAGGACCCUGUUUACCAGAGGAUACGAGAAUUACUGAUCCUGAAAGAGCAGCUGGAGCACACGGCUGAAGAAUGCCGGAAGGAACAGCAGUCUCGAAUGGCCAGAACUAACGUGACGCCCGCAUAGUGUUUGUGUAACCAUAUUUUUUGUAAAUAGGUAGAAUAGAAUCAUAAGCACAUAAUUUAAUUUUAUAAUUAACAGUAUUACAUUGUAAUAAUUUUCAAAUUUUUUGACAUAUGCGAACUCAUACACAUGAAAUCAGACGUAGGCGUUUUAAUAACUUGAACUGAAUAUAACUUGAACUGAAUAUAACUUUGUAUGUAUUUAAUAAACACUACGUAA